GAGAGCAAGAGAGCAGGGCAAAAAAGAAGCAGAGAGACACUGAAGAAGUGCAGAGAGAGAGAGAAGAGGAAGCCAUUUUGGUUGCAGGGUGUCAUGUCUGCUGCUCUGGGCCUUCUUCUCUCCAGCUUCUUGGCUCUCAAAGGUUUGGACAGCAGAGGCUAAUCAGAGACUGAGCUGAAGUUUGAGAGAGUCUUUAGCAGAGGCUUGUCAGGAGGAAGUGGCGAAGGCCCGAGUCUGUCGAAGCGGUGCACGCUGGGCAGCGAGGAACCUCGGCUUCGUCUCACUGGUGUGUGAAAGUGGUUUGACAUCUGCCAGACAGACUUUGAGUUUGGAACACAAGGGAGCUGCGAGGAGGCUGCAGGAUGAGCUCGGAACGUCCAUCCAGGUUGGAGGUGAUGGGCUGGGGCCCCCAGCAGCUGGCAGACUACCUGAAGAGGAGGAAUUUACCCGGCUGUGACAAAGUAGUACUGAAAAACUCCAUCAGUGGCGCCAGGUUUGUGAAUCUGACUGACAGCGACUUCCAGAAGUUCCCCAAACUCCAAGCUCCGAUGAUCUCCAAGCUCAGUAAUGAAAUCCGCAGGAACGAGGGGAAGAGAAGCCUGUUUGGUAAAAAACAAGCCCCCGUGUUUCCUGACGCAGGUUUCUGCUCUACAGACACCAGCUCUGAGGCCCAAGGGUGGAGCGAUAAUGAAUUUGAAGACGACGACGACUAUGAGAGUCCGUACAGUGAUGAAAAGGAAGAAAGUGACAACUACGAGUCCCCGAGCGAAGACCCAUCUAACGAAUACGAGCCCCCGCCUUCAGCACCAUCGGAUGAUGGGGUUACCAAGUUUUACCCAACGUCCCCCAUAGGGGAGGGGGAUUAUAUUGAUAAAAGAGAUAACCACACGUCUAACAUGAGCGCACCUCCAGCUUUGAGUCCCCGCCCCCUGGCUUCCACUCUGCCAGGGCAUUCAUCCCGAGAUCAUUCAGAAUCCUCGUUUCGGCGGGAACCGUCCCCGCACUGUGUGGGACGAGCGCCAGGAAAAUUUCCUGCUGAGCCGCCGCAGAUUUGUCGCAGCAGCAAGCCUGGCAGAGAGCCAGGAUCGAACUCCUUCAACAGCAGAGAAGCUCAGAACAGCGCUCCUGAGAGGUCCGGCGGUCACUCCUGGAGGCCUCAGCCUGACCCGUCUGAUCCUCCCGCUCGGUCCAAGCCUCCUCCUGUGCUACCCCCCUCCUCGACCUCCAUCGGCCGGAGCAAUUCCUCCGCUCGGCCCCCGCCCAACAGAUAUCCUGGUCCUGCAGAGCAAACACAAAAAGAAGUCUCUAAACACAGCACCUUCCCUCUCCAUAACAAAAGUCUUGCCCCCCGCCCUGGUAUUCCUGGAAUUCAUUCGGAGAGCAUGCCCUCUGCAGGCUCCCUGCCUCACAAACUGUCCUCUGCGAUUGCUGAACAUCGAGGCAGCUUUGUUGGAUCAGAGAGACAGACGCCACGUCCUCCCCUUCCCACAAAUACACACAUGCAGGAUCUGGAUCCACGCUGGUAUGCUGGGAUGGUGACCCGGGGUCAGGCUGAAGCAUGUCUGAAACAAGUCCACAAGGACGGGGCGUACCUGGUGAGGGACAGCAUCCGGCAGAAGGCCAACCAGCCCUUCACCCUGAUGGUCUUCUACCAGGACAAGGUCUACAACAUCCAGAUCAGGCAGGAGAACCAGGUGUUCCAGCUGGGAACCGGACUCAAAUCUCAGGAGUCCUUCUCUUCAGUCGCUGAAAUCAUCUCCCUUUACUCCCACUCUCCUUUGCUCCUCAUUGAUGCUAAAAAUCGGGGCUCUGGACAGCAGAACCAAUGUCUGCUUUCUGACCCGGUUGCAAACUAUAUUACUGGGCAGAAAUGGUAGUGAGCAGACGGAACCGGAUCAAAACCAGACCAGAGGAGAAACAAGCCCACAAGUCAGAAUUAGAGGAAUGUUCAGGUUAAGCCUCACCGGUUGAAAAACAGGAAGGAAUUCUCAGGCUCAAAUGUUUGCUUUUGUUUUUCUAUUGAAAUACCUUAAAGCUCUACGUGUUUAAGAUGUGUUUUGUGUCAUGUUUGCUUUCCAUAAAUUUAUUACAUACAUGAUUCAAACUUCAGAAAAACUUGUGUUGAAGUCAAGUCAGCUUUAUCCUAAAUUUCUGUUCCUUUUUUGAUUCUUUGCUUGUCUGUUAGUUUAACUCUCAGCUGAUCUCCUUAAAGCGUCCAGAAAGAUACAAAAGGCGCCAAUUUAUUUUUCAUUCUCUCCUAAUCUGUGGAAUUCAGAAGAAUGAUGACAUGAACCAAAUGAUAAUCAACAUCUGACCAAACAUUUGUGUUUCACUUUUACAAAUCAUCUUAAAAAAGCUUCAUGAAAUGCAUACUACAAUAAAUUAUGUAAUCAAAGAUUAUUUUGGGGGCAAACAAUAUGAUGCCUAACAGGUUUUUCUUCAAUGCAUCUGUGCAAAGAAUUCUGGGAAUUCAUGUACUUCUGGGUGUUUUCAGGCUGGACACACCGGGUUUACUGAAAGUGAACCAGAGUGCGUUUCCCCGCGAUAAUCUGGAACUCAUUUUCCGUCUGAAUACACCCUCUAAUUCAAACUCUUUCAAAGAUUUGCACCACAUUAUGAAACUUUGAUUAAAAUCACGACUCACACUCUAAAUGCUUUUGUCUAAUUUAUAUUUAUCUGUAAAAUGACUUGCACCAUCAGACUGAAGUCAAGUCUGUUUCUUGGUUGUAAAAACUCUUUAAUCUCAUCUACAAAGAUGUUGCUGAAUUUAUGAAGACCAGAACUGUAAAAUUUGGUGUUUUUCCAAGAAAUGUAGUCUUUGUUUAAGUCAAGGUUGGAUGAAAUGUUUCAGCUUUGUUUUAGAUGAUGUUAGAAAGUCACGUUUGAACAAAAUUUGAGGAAUUUGUUGUGUUUUUAGCAGUCUGUAAAUGUUUAUCCAUUGUUUUAAAUAAAGUUUGAAACGCCA